AAGGCAAGUGAAGGUGGAAAGACCGACGGAGCGGCGAAGCGCGCGGGCAGCAGCAAGGGAGGCCGACCCAGCACGCAGAGACAGACGCACGGACAGUGGGUACCCCCCAAAAGAAAGGAAAAAGGGGCGCCAUGACGGAACUCCAGGAAGUGCAGAUCACAGAGGAGAAGCCGCUUCUGCGAGCCCCAGGAGCACCUGAUCCGGGCAAGGAUGCUGAACUGAUAACAGCCAAACUUCUUGAGGAACAUGGCCAGAAACACACGGUGGAGACACCUUAUGGAAUUGUGACAAUCACCAUCCAUGGAACACCCAAACCCAAACGUCCUGCCAUCCUCACGUACCAUGAUGUGGGACAAAACCAUCAUUCGUGCUUCGACACCCUUUUCCACUAUGAGGACAUGCAAGAGAUCAUAAAGAACUUCGUGGUGAUACAUGUGGACGCGCCUGGCAUGGAGGAGGGUGCCCCGGCCUUCCCUGUGGGGUAUCAAUAUCCUUCUCUGGACCAGCUGGCUGACAUGAUCCCCUGCAUCCUGCAAUACGUCAACUUUACCAGCAUCAUUGGAAUCGGAGUUGGAGCUGGUGCUUACAUCCUGGCACGCUACAGUCUCCUUCAUGCAAACACUGUGGAGGGUUUGGUUCUGAUCAACAUUGACCCCAAUGCCAAGGGCUGGAUGGAUUGGGCUGCUCACAAGCUGACUGGCCUCACAUCUUCAAGCUCUGAGAUGAUUUUGGGGCAUCUCUUCAGCCAGGAAGAAUUGUCCAAGAACACCGAGAUGGUGCAACAGCAGAGGGAUAUCCUGAGUCAUGCAACUAACUUGCCCAAUAUCCAACUCUACUGGGGCAGUUACAACAGCCGCAGAGACUUGACUCUGGAGCGUGGAGGCGACCACACUUUCAAAUGUCCUGUGAUGUUGGUGGUGGGAGAUCAGGCCCCUCAUGAAGAUGCUGUGGUGGAGUGCAAUUCCAAACUAGACCCCACCCAGACAUCCUUCCUGAAGAUGGCAGAUUCAGGAGGACAGCCGCAGUUGACCCAGCCUGGUAAACUGACUGAGGCAUUCAAGUACUUUGUGCAGGGCAUGGGAUACAUCCCUCACGUACUGGACAAGAAACUGAGUCAGGGUGGCUUCGUCCUGCAUGACACGCCUGUCUCGCUCACGCACCGCCUCUCUGUCCAGUGCCACCUCGGGGGACGGGAACCGCUCUCGCUCGCGCACCCUGUCGCAGAGCAGCGAGGCAGGGGCGCCUCAGCCCCCCGCCCCCACCAUGGAGGUGUCCUGCUGAGCGCCGAGCCAGGGGACAAGACCACCUCCCACCACUGAACAGGACUUCUGCUAUCCCACAAUGCACUCCGGCCACUGGGCCAUGUGACAAUCUCCCCUAACGGUACUAAACGUCCAGGGAGGCCCAGAUGGGAUGCAAUUUCACUCUUUUAAAAACAAACAUUAACUCCCCCCCAACCCAUCCUUCUCACCCAACACAUACGCACCUCCCUCGCCAACCUUGCCCCCUUCCCUCUCAUAACCUAAUUAAUGUCAGCCUCCAGUUUCCUUAGUGACCCUCAACACCUAGACUCGUAUGGAUGGAAUACUAUACUAUACUAUACAUUUUAUGAACUGUUAGGUUCUUGGCACCAGUUCUGAAUUUUUCAUUUCUCCUCCAUCCAGUUGCACACUUUAGUUUUGUUAACAAGGGAGGUUUGGAUUAUUGUUGGGGUUUUUCUUUUUUCUUGUCUAAAUCAUAACUAACCAUUGUUCCUCCCUCUAAAAUUCUAUGUUCUCAGAGUAGCCUGGAUGGGCAUCGGAUUGCCUUGCUAGCUCUUUGUCCCCUCUGGAGUGUAUAUAGGCAAAAGCAGGACCUCACAAGAGAGACGCACAAGCCCCUAUAAGGACUUGCACUGCUACUGUCAUGCUGGCAUAGUGCUCCUGAAUUAGGAGUUGCUCACCCACCCACCCACUCCCACCACACCUCUGUGCCCAUACGCCCAUUUCGUCUUGUUUUGGUCUCAUCUCCCAAGAUUUCUAUUUGUCCUGGAAGACGUUAGUUGCUCCUCAGGGCAAAAAUAAAUUCUGCGCUCCACUAACAGAUUAAAAGAAACUUACCUUCUCCAUUUCUUCCAUCUCUCUUUGCUUUUAUUUCGCAUUUUCUCCACUCUCCUACAUCCGUUUCCCAUUAGCCAAAGAUUUCAUUUCCUGCCUAUUCUGUCUCCCUCCCACCUGCCAUAAAACUAAUCCUUUGUAGAUGGUAGCUUGCUUUGUGGUGUGCAUGUACAGUCCCUGCUAAAUCAGCAAGUGGUAUCAGUGAUUAGAGGUGUUUGGGAGGCUGGGUGAGGCUGAAAACGAGGGGGCGGGUGUUGGGGAGGGGGGUCGUUCCUCUUGGGGAAUCCUUGGGUGGGGGACGGCUGGGGGCUUCAGAUGGAUUGUCCUGUUGCCUCCGUGCCAGCACAGAGGGCAACAGACCAUGAUUAUAUACUGGCUUCACAUAUGAAAUGAGUGGAGGAGACCUCCGACUGUGGUCAGUGGUGAAUUUUCCCUUGCAACCAGCACUGACUGUCAUGGGGCUCCAGCUUGUGGCUUUGAGCAGGGCUCUCGUAGUGCUGUGGAGGGCGAACUUUGCGCCAGCUUCUUCUGUAACAGGAUUCCAACUGUAUCAGCUAUUUGAUUGUUAACAGGUAUAUUAAAAAGUCAGUGUUUAGAUCGUGUUUGCUAUGUUGAACUCGCAGAAAUAAGGAAUCCAAAAGGAUGAAGGUAAAAUUGGGGGAAAGAACAAAACAAAAAAAUGGACCAGUAGUAGGUGAGGGUAUUCAGUAUGUAAGCCUUGGAGUGACAUAUAGCACUUCAUCGAGAUGUAAAGAAUCUUGUGGAACAUUAAAGAUGACGGUCCAGUUACAAAGUCACCUUACUUAUUCCUUAAACCUGAAUGGGCACUGGGGAUGAAUGGCUCAGCUGCCUGUAACAAAGGGGCAUUGCUUUGAAAUGGGUUCCAGCUGGGAUUUUAACUCCUGCAUGUAAUGGGAUCCUGUUGUAUUUGAGAAUGUGUGAGCUCUGUUUAUUUUCCCCAGAGCAGUCGAUGGUGAAUCCUGACUCUUAACAAUAAAAUAUCUAGAGAGGAA